AGCCAGUCGCAGGGUGGGAGGUGGCCUGGGCGGAGGGGGAGGCGCCGCUCGCUGGGAGGAGACUUGUGCGCAACCCCCCCCUCCCCUUUCUCGCCGGGCUCUGGGGGACCAUGGGCGGCUGAGGGGAGCCGAGCCCCGGGCGGCCGAGCCGGCGGCCAUGGCUGAGGAUUACUGGGACCCGCAGCAGCAGCGCUGAGCCCCCUGCAGCGGCAGCCAGGCAGCCCCAGCCCUGGCCCCACCAUGGAUCGGAUGAAGAAGAUCAAGAGGCAGCUCUCAAUGACCCUGCGGGGGAGCCGGACAGCCGAGAAGAACCUCAAUGAGCAGAUCAACAUCGAGGAGAACAACAGCAGUGACACCGGCCUGGCGGGGAAGAGCGGGCGUCCCUGGGGCGCCUCGCGCAGCGUCUAUUCCUUCCUGCAGCGCCGGCCGCGCCCGGGCAUGACCCGCAGCCUGAGCGCCCACCUCGCCCGUGCCAGCCGACUAGAGAUGGUGCAGGAGGAUGUGAAGAUUGGCUCCGACGGGGAGAGCGACCAGGCGUCCGGCACCUCGUCCGACGAGGUCCAGUCCCCCGUGCGCGUCCGCAUGCGCCACAGCUCGGCCCGCAAGAUCUCCUCCGAGGACAUCAACAAGCGGCUCUCGCUGCCGGCCGACAUCCGCCUGCCCGAGGGCUGCCUGGAGAAGCUGGCGCUGAACAGCCCCUUGUUCGAGCAGCCCCUCAGCCGGCGCCUGCGCCGCGUCUCGCUGUCUGAGAUCGGCUUCGGGAAGCUGGAGACCUACGUGAAGCUGGACAAACUGGGAGAGGGGACGUACGCCACCGUCUAUAAGGGCAAGAGCAAACUGACAGACAACCUGGUGGCGCUGAAGGAAAUUCGCCUGGAGCACGAGGAGGGGGCGCCAUGCACGGCCAUCCGGGAAGUGUCCCUGCUGAAGGACUUGAAACACGCCAACAUCGUCACCCUGCACGACAUCAUCCACACGGAGAAGUCGCUGACCCUGGUCUUCGAGUACCUGGACAAGGACCUGAAGCAGUACCUGGACGACUGCGGCAACCUCAUCAACAUGCACAACGUCAAGCUCUUCCUGUUCCAGCUGCUGCGGGGCCUGGCGUACUGCCACCGCCAGAAGGUGCUGCACCGCGACCUCAAACCCCAGAACCUGCUCAUCAACGAGCGGGGCGAGCUCAAGCUGGCCGACUUCGGUCUAGCGCGGGCCAAGUCCAUCCCCACCAAGACGUACUCCAACGAGGUGGUGACGCUCUGGUACCGGCCCCCCGACAUCCUGCUGGGCUCCACCGAGUACUCCACGCAGAUCGACAUGUGGGGCGUGGGCUGCAUAUUCUACGAGAUGUCCACGGGCCGCCCGCUCUUCCCUGGCUCCACUGUGGAGGAACAACUGCACUUCAUCUUCCGCAUCCUCGGGACCCCCAACGAGGAGACGUGGCCAGGGAUCCUGUCCAACGAGGAGUUCCGAUCCUACAAGUACCCCAAGUACCGGCCUGAGGCCCUUCUCAACCACGCGCCCAGGCUGGACAGUGAUGGAGCCGACCUGCUGGGGAAACUGCUGCAGUUCGAGGGGCGGAAGCGGAUGUCAGCGGCCGAGGCCAUGGGGCACCACUUCUUCCACUGCCUGGGCGAGCGUGUCACCAAGCUCCCGGACACCACGUCCAUAUUUGCACUAAAAGAGAUUCAGCUACAGAAGGAGACGGGGCUGCGCUCAGCUUCGCUGCCCGACUCAGGGGGCGCCGCCUUCCGGGUAGUGGACACUGAAUUUUAGCCUUCGGGUCAGUGAACGGGCAGAACGGACGGCCCAGCUUACUGUUGUGACCCCGCCGAGCCACAGUGACGGGGAGGGGCGGGGGCUGGACUGACAUUAACCCCCCCCCCCCCCCCCAGCCGAGACUCUGCCCCUUUGGUUGGACGCUGCCUUUGGUGCCGGGACUCGGACCAUGCCCCACGGCCGGGUGGGGGGGGCUUGAUCCCCUUCUGGGGGAGGGUCGGCGCCGGCUGGACGGCAGAUGGCCCCCCCCAUGUUGUUUAAGUUUUAUUUUUUCAAGGCAAUAUUAUAAAUAUAGAGAAAUAAUCUAUAGCCCCCCCCCCUCGCCGGGAGGGAUGGGCAUUGGGGGACAGCCCCCCGGAGUUAUGUUUCCAUGGAGAUGUGUUUGAUUCUGCCCUGCUGUGGGGGAGGCGGCUGCAACCCCUCCUGUACCCCCCAGGUUGAGCGGGGGGAUUGAUCCAGGGGGUUAUAUUCUGUGGUCACUCGCCCCCUGCCCCAAAUCCUCCUCUCCUGCCCCCCACACCCGCUGAGCUGUGGGGACAGAAGUCUUCCAGAUGUGGGGGAAAUGGGGGCGGGGAGGGGCUGCUGUUGCAGAUGUGUGUGUGUGCGGGGGGGAGGUACCCCAGCUGUGGUAGGUCCCUUUGCAGCAGUGUGUGGGGGGGUCCCUGACAGUCUGCAACCCCUCCACAUCCGAGUGAUGCGUCCCUAAGGAGUCCCUUUGCCUCCCUGAACCCCAGCAUGUCCCCUUUCCGCCCCCACGUCCUGCUGGGUCAGCAUGUGGGGUGAACGCUGGCUGACGCCAGUGAGUUCAGUGGGGCAGCUGCCAGCUCCCCUUCCCCACUUAGUACUCAGGGCUCACUUUCUCCCAGCCCUUACUCCUAGGGUACUCGGCCCUUACUCUGCCCCCACUCCCCUGUUCCUCAGUCCUUAGUGUAGCCCUGUUUCUAUGUUACUCGGCCCGUACUCCUACAUUACUUAGCCCUUACUCUGGCCCUACUUCCAUGUUACUCAGCCCUUUACUCCUACGUACAGCCCUUACUCUGCCCCACUCAUGUUACUCUACCCCUAUUCUCAUGACACUCUCCUCCUACUACCUUGUAACUCUGUCCCACUCCCAUGUUACUCAGUCCCUACUCACACAAUACUGUCUGUACUCCCAUAUUACUUAGCCCUUACCUGACCCCCUACUCAGAUGAUACUUAGCCCUACUCAGUCCUUACACAAAUGUUACUUGGCCCCCUACUCUGCUCUUACUUGGCCCGUACUCAAUCCAUAGUCAAAUCUUACACAGUCUCUUGGCCUCUUAUUUGGCUCCUACUCAAAUGUUACUCAGCUCUCACUCAGCCCCUUCUGAGAUCUUACUCAGUCCCUCCUCAGCUGUUACAUAACUGUUCGCCUGUAGUCAGCCCCUAGCAUGCUCCUGACUCAGCCCCUCCUCAGUCACUUCCCAGACUCUGCUCAGUCCUUACUCCCAUCCCUAGUCUUUACUUAGUCCUUACUCAGACAUUACUUCGCAUCCUCUCACUACGAACUCAGCCCCUACUCGACUGUUACUCUCUACUCAGUGUUUGGUCCAUGCUCAGGUGUUACUUGGCCUAACAUUAUUCCGUGGUUACUGAGGCCCUACUCAUCUGUUACUCAGCCCUUACCCAGUCUGAGUUUACCUGUUACGCCCAUCCCUGCUCAAACCUGACAGUGUCUUUAUUCCGACAUUACUCCAUCCUUACUUGAGCUUUACUCCGUCCAGAGCUGGUUGCUCACACAUUACUUGUUCCUUACUCCAUAAAUCCAGAGGGUGGUUGGAGUAUCACGGGGUGAUCUGGAGUAACAGAACUGAAACUCGCUAGGCCACAGUGAGGGGACUAGGAAGAAUUUUGGCCGGGAGCUCCCAGAGAGACCUGGGCGCGUGGGACGCUCACAGGGUGACGCUGACCCCACAGCUGUGCAAAUGGCGGGUGCAGGUGAGGGAUUUCCACCAGAGCCUGGGCCCAGUGCUGGCCACCCGUGUUGCAGGAAGAAGAGCUCAGGCGCAGUGAGGGCGGCUGGGACGGCCGGGAGCAGGUUAGCUGACAGCUCAGGCUGAGGUGGGUCCCGCUGGUCUCGCCGUAAAUAUGUGGGGAGGAUGAGGAGGGGCUGGAGCAGCAGCGAGGGCCAGAUGCCCUGGCUAGCGGGAUGCUCCUCCUGCCUCAGCUCAGGACGGCCUGAGCUCCUGAGGUAGCGACACCAGCUGGAAUCAUGGAGCCGCUGGCCCAGGCGGCCCAUCCAGGCCUGGGCGCGUACUCAUAUGAUCCUCGGGCUUUCCAACCUCUAAUCAGUCUGGUUUUAGUUUUUACCCAGUCUUCAGUCAAAUGUGCCGCAGGUGGGACAUGUUACUCAGCCAUUGCGCUGUACUUACUCCAUCCCUACUCUUGUUACCCUGCCUGUACUCAGCUGUGAGUCCCUACCCAGCCCCUACUUAGUCUUAGCCUAGAUGUUACUCUGUCCUUACUCAAGGGCUACUCUGCCCCUACUCAGUCUUAUCUUAAAUGUUACUCACCCCUACUGCAAAUGUUACUUGGUUCUUACCCAGACAGUACUCCAUCCUUA